CAGGCUUUCGACGAAAAUUCUCAUGGAUUCAAAGACGCUCUCACCACAAAGCUUAGCUCUCCCGGGCGACGCGUAGGGUUUGGCUUCGACGAAGCUGAGGCGCCUGGCGCGGCGCUAGCGCCAUCGGAUCGGCGCAUUGCAGGGAAGUUUUGGGGGAGAUCGUUGCCCUGUUUCGAUCUCUCGGCGGAAUUUCCGGGCGCGCCAUUCAUCGGAUUCAUCGGCAGCGAUUCACGCGAAUCUCCGCGCCAAUGCCGGUUCCGCUGGUGCCCUACGCUCCCCAGCCUCAUAUGCCGCCACCGCCAGGGUCUCAAGGCCAGCUGAUCUGUGGUGGAUGUAGGACUUUGCUCGUAUAUCCUCAAGGUGCUACGAAUGUCCGCUGUGCGCUAUGCAGCUCUGUCACUCCUGUUCCUCCCCCAGGAACCGAGAUGGCUCAGCUCGUUUGUGGGGGAUGCCGGACGCUACUCAUGUAUGUGCGUGGUGCCACUAGUGUCCAGUGCUCGUGCUGUCACACAAUCAACUUGGCGAUGGAAGCGAACCAAGUAGCGCAUAUUAGCUGCGGAGGCUGUAAUACGACUCUCAUGUAUGCGUUUGGAGCGCAAUCGGUGAAAUGCGCUCUCUGCCAGUAUGUCACGACGAUACCGCAUCUCAGCAACGCGAGAAUGCCCCUCCCUGUGCAAAGACCAAACUACGCUCCGCUUCCCCAGCCCGCAUCCGUAUCAGAGCCUGCGCCGACGAGGCAACCAUCGCAGACUGUGGUUGUGGAGAACCCCAUGACCAUGGAUGAAAGCGGCAAGCUAGUGACCAGUGUGGCGGUGGGAGUCACCACUGAGAAAAAAUGAGGCGAUCGUCAGUGGGCGACAUAGCGAUAAUCCAGGUCCGCAGCGCGAUAAAUCAAUGGGACACAGCCAUUACUCGUCGAUAAUGCUCCCCGGGUCGGGCUAGACUCUUCUUCUCCUUCCCGAGUCUCCCUCUCCACAGUCGAGCGUAUGAAAAGAAACGUUUUGCAUGGAAAAACCUUGAGCCGUCUAUCACAGCAAUGCGAAUUUUUACUUCACUGUUCUUA